UUCUUUCCAAGCUCCUUAGACCUAAACUCCGCUACUGUAGCCCUGUGAGUAACAGCGUUCGCUAAUCCGUGGUGUUUUGCCGUUUUCUUACAUCAGGAAAGGUCACGUUGCGCGAUAACUGUCCACAGACUCGGUGCUGUCAUGAUUUUUGUGAAAUCUUUUUUUUUACUUUCGGUCAGCGCCCUGCUCGUGGGGAUUUUUCUCCGUGUGGCAAUACCCCCGGCGGUGUCCCAACAGGCUGUAGCAACGCUUGUCGCGUUGAAGUGGGGGGGGGGGGGGGGGCGGACACACGAGAUUUUUCACCCCUCCUUCGGCAAAGCGGCCCCCCCCCACACACCCUGUAAAAAACGCUGGUGGCGAGUAACCAGCCCGGCGGCUCGGCCACCGCCGUGCCCGGGGGCAGCGCCGGGGCGGACCGGGACCGGGAGCGGGAGCGGGAGCGGGCUCGGGCCCGGGAGGUGCGGAGGGGGUUGCGGGGGGGGGGCCCGGGCCCUGGGCCCGGCCGGCUGUGGGCCAAUCGGCUCGUCUCCGCGCACUCCCCGCCCCGUUCUCCCCAUGUGCAGAAAUAGCCCCGCCGCCACCGGCAGCCGCUUUCCGCGGGGCGGGCGGGCGGGCGGGCGGCGGAGCAUCCCCGGGCGGAGCGGCGGAGGGCCCGUCCCGUCCCGUCCCGUCCCGUCCCGUCCCGUUCCGAUCCGGUCCCGUCCCGUCCCGCUGCUUUUCCCGAAGCGCCGGCGGAUGGCCCCGCGGCGGGCGGAGCAGCAGCAGCCGGUCCCGGCGGUUUUCGGUGCUCGGUGGAUUCGGUGACCGGCGGCAGCGCGGCCGCGGAUGUCCCCGCUCCGGGGACCGGGCGGUGCGGGCAGCGGGGGGCCGCGACCCGGGGCUCGCCGCGCCCCUCCGGUCCCCCCCGCCGCCCCGGUGGCCGGGCGGGAGGCGGCGGUGAGCCCGGCCAUGGGUGUUUCUCGCCGGGAAGCGCCGCUGCCCCGUGGGCUGUUGGUACCUGCGGCCGGCGGGCCGGUGGAAAGUCCCUUUUUCUCAUGAACGGUUCUAGCUCCUCGCCCCGGGCCCUCGCCAUGGACACUAUGAAAACCACCUAUAUCGUGCUGGAACUGAUCAUCGCCGUGCUGUCUAUCGCCGGCAACGUGCUGGUCUGCUGGGCCGUGGCCAUCAACAGUACCUUGAAGAACGCGACCAACUAUUUCCUGGUGUCCCUGGCGGUGGCCGAUAUUGCCGUGGGGUUGCUAGCCAUCCCUUUCGCCAUCACCAUCAGCAUCGGAUUCCAGGUGGAUUUUCACAGCUGCCUCUUCUUCGCCUGCUUCGUGCUGGUGCUCACCCAAAGCUCCAUCUUCAGCUUGCUGGCGGUGGCCAUCGACAGGUACCUGGCUAUUAAGAUCCCGCUGAGGUAUAAUAGUCUGGUGACUGGCAAGCGGGCAAGAGGACUCAUCGCUGUGCUGUGGCUCCUGUCCUUUGGAAUUGGACUGACGCCGCUUAUGGGCUGGAACAAAGCCAUGAGCGGUUGCCCCAACACCACCAACGAGACAGGGGCUGACACUGGGACAGAGCACCAUGGCUGUUUCAUCUCAUGCCUCUUUGAGAAUGUGGUAACGAUGAGCUACAUGGUGUACUUCAACUUCUUCGGCUGCGUGCUGCUUCCACUUGCUAUCAUGCUGGGAAUCUACAUUAAGAUAUUCAUGGUCGCCUGCAAACAGUUGCAUCAGAUCGAACUGAUGGGGAACUCCAGGACCACACUGCAGAAGGAGAUCCACGCAGCCAAGUCUCUGGCCAUCAUUGUAGGACUUUUUGCCUUUUGUUGGCUGCCCCUGCAUAUCUUGAACUGCAUCACUCACUUCCAUGAGGAGUUCUCCAAAUCCAAGCCUGAGUGGGUGAUGUAUAUGGCCAUCAUCCUCUCCCAUGCCAACUCCGUCAUCAAUCCCAUCAUCUACGCCUACAGGAUCAGGGACUUCCGCUACACCUUUCGCAAGAUCAUUUCCAAGAUCCUCUGCAAGACGGAUGGCUUCCCCAAGUGCCCCACUGACAACAACCAGCACCUGACUGUCUCCAACAUUAACUCUCCGGUAGCCUCUGUGACCAUAUGACCUUGCACGUCCUGCUCCUAGGAUUUUGCAGUCUGUCCCUGACACUACCCUUCCCUGUGCCUAUGUGAACAGUUACAGCUAACUCCUCUAGGAGUGCUCGGAGAUGACCACUAUGCAGUUAUGCAGCUGUAAUUUUUUUUUUUAUUUUUGUAAUUAACAUAGUGCCUCCUAGAGGAAUAACCUGACCGGGAGAUUGAGUGCAGCUCACCCUCGACUGUAAAGCCAGGUUGCGUGAGUGCUGGUAAUCGUAUUGAGUUUCCUUUCCAGGUCAGACAUUGACUGUGGAAGCCCCACCUUCUGGGGGGUGUUUCCCUAAUUGUGCUGCUCACGUCAAGUCCUAGGAUCUUUAUUUUAAAUAUUAUUAUUUUUUUUUUAAUCUUUUGAUUCAUUUAGGAGUAAUAAUUUUGUGUCUGUUUUUGAGUUGUUCUUUUAAGUCCAUACUUGACAGCACUUUGGUAAUACCCUAAUUAAUUAUUCCAUCAAUUGUUUGAUGCAGCUAGUAUUCUCUGAUGGGAAAAAGUCUUACUUAGCCCUGUUGCUGGUGUGAAACUGAAUCUGCGUUCCAGGCUCUGAGGGACGUGACCGUGUUGAUGGGAAAACAAGAUCAGAACUGGCCAGCUAUUUUUGGCCCCAGUAUGGAAGGCCUACUUACUGAAAGAGAAAAAUUUUAGAUAAGAGUUGACUGAAGUUUUAGAAUAGCAGUUUCAUUGCCUCUAAAUCACUUUGGUCCACAGGAUUGUGCAGACCAAUGCUUCAGGUUUGAUUUCAAAUCUGUUUCCAGCUAUCAAAAUGCAAAAGGCAGAAGUGCCCUAAUAGUCCUAGCUAGUCUGAUCCAGAGUCAUCGAGGUUAGUGCAAACACUCCCUUGGUGACAUGAUCUCUACAAUUAGGUUUUUGCUCCCAAGACAAAACUUGACAGCCUUGCAGUGCUUCCAGAAGUGCAGGUUUUUUUUUUAGCUGUGAUUGCUGGAUGCUGCAGCUUGCCUGAUUCCUAAAACUUGGUCUUGCGGGGGUUCUUCUGUAGCCCAGUAACCCCCAGAAGCUGUGAGUGCUUUUUUUUCUAAUAGCGAUUUUUUUUUUUUUUAAAUUUUUUUUAACCCUGACCUGCAUCAGUAGCAAAAGAGACUGGAAGGGAGCUAAGAAGCUAGAAUGCCUUAACUGGCGACCUGAUUUUGGCCAAGCUCUUUGGGGAAGAAGCUCACCUCGCAGAUUGUCUAGCCUGGCCUCUGCAGUUCGCCACGGAGUCCUGGCCCUUUGUAAGGACAAAGCCCACUCACCAGUGAAGCAGACUUAAUUAAUUUGCACUGCAAGUUAAUAACUCUCUGCAACCACAGCUCAGUAAUUACCGCACUUGAUUUCAUAUGUAACUGUGAUAGGCAAAACUAGACAAAGGUAGAAGGAAGAGUGCAUUAAUAGCUGAAGUACAAGCUCCACUUCUCCAGACUGCAUGACGGCACGUGCACUGCUGUAAAUGAACCAGUGUUUCUGGCAUGCCUUUUAUUUAGCAGGGCACUUUCAUUCCACAACUGAGAGGAACAGGGAGGGGAGUCAGAAAAACACCAAACAGCCUCCCUCCUUCGUGCCCAAAAGCCAACUGGUACAGAGACACAGCUGUUCUUGACUAGUUCAGACCUGCCAUCACGUUGUGGCCCUCCUACAAACGGGAGUCUUGCCUGAAGGUCCUUACGUGGUAAAGUGGUACCACCUCUCUCCGAAGCGCUCAAUGUCAGCAGCAUCACCAUGUGACCAGCGAGAAGCUGGAGUGCAAGGAUGUGUAUUAAAUGUGGUUUUCAGUGGUAACGCAUGCAGGGGGAGAGAUAGGGAGCAGGCCUUUUAGAGCCAGGUGGCAGGGAAGGAAGUUUAAACACAGCCAGUUCCUGAAGAACAGGUCCAGUGGACAGACUGUGAUGCCUGGAGCAGUUUGUCCCUGAUAAAUUGUACUUGAAUCACAUAGAAAACAGCUAUCUAUUUUUUUAACUGCAUUGCACUAAAAGGGGGGUAAUAUAAGACCCCAAGAGUUUCAUUUCUCUGGCGUAUAUAAUGACAAAUAUGGUGUAAAAUCAGCUGAAAGGCUGAAGAAAUGCUGUUCCUGCAGCAUCUGCUAAGCCAGCUGGCAUGACCUGCAGGCAGCAGCUGCAGGUAUGACUUGGGGCCCACCAUGCGAACAGAGAAUGGUUCACUAGGAGGGAUGGAUUUUGCUACCGUGUGUGUAGCAGCCCAGCCGUAAGAGCCAGCCCCAAACCUGGGUGAAUCACCAGUAAGCUCUGAAUGGGUUUGUACACGUUUAUGCAAUGUCCAAAUUUAGCUACAGCUCAGUAUCUCAGAUACUGGCAUUUCCAAGAAGAAUCUGAAUAGUUAAAGUUACUGUCCCAAGUGUUUCUCCUUUAACAGCCCCAUUCAGCUUUGCUGCAUCUGCCUUGGUCAUAGUCCAGCUAGCACAUGUAGCCACCUCCUGCCAUUUGGGCAGGGUUUGACUCUCUCCUCCUUUCAUUCCUCCCCUUCGGUAUUAUCUUUGGCUGUGUUCCUUCUGUUAAUCAUGGCUGGAAACAAGCAGGGUUUCACCUGCAGGUCUGGCAGUGUUACAAAGUGGUUGCAAGCCACAUCUAUCCUUACAACAAAGAAUGUAAUCUCUCCCCUCCUGCUGGCUGAAAAUGAACCAAACUCUGGACAGCACGAACAGACUGAAACACACAGCGCUGCAAUACAGAGAGAGCCGGUCCCAGAACACUUACUGGUAUGCGACAGCUUGCACUGCAGCUCGGCAUCCACGACUGCUACCUUUCACAUGCCUCUUAUGAGCCAGAAUUCCUGCAGACAGAUGUGGCGUAUCCUUAGUAUGACUGUGCCAUUGGGUUGUUAGCCAUUAUUAACUACGGCCUGAGUCACCACGGUCUUUAGGCACAUUAAGUGCCUUUGUGGAUCUGAGCCAAAGUAAUUUCAAGGCAAAAUAAAAAUAGGACACCUCCCCUGCCCCCCCUGAAAAGAAAGCUCUGAUGGUUUCUAUAAAAAUGUGAAGUCAAAAUGGCAGAGGAACUUUCUGCAGCAAGUGCAGCUAUAGCUAUUCAGCUAUCACUCAUUACUGCUCUGAUGUACAUAGGAUGGAUGUGUUUUCCUCACGUUGCUCAGAUUUUGUAUUUGCAGUAACUGUUAUUUACAUACAGAACGCUUAAUUUACCACCUA